AUGGCCUUACAAGAUGAAAACGAUCCUUGCUUUGUCCAUGAAUGUAUCACCAUCGUCCUUCGUGAAGCUCAAGAUUACAGAGCAAAACUCACAACAAAUCUGUGCCUUGUUGGUCUAGACAAUGUCAACCGUGAAUAUCUAGUCACUCGAGAGAAUUUGAAUCGCAUUGCUGAGGGCAUUUUGACCGACUACUUUGACGACAUAAAAGGGUUACAAGAUGAAAACAACCCUCGCUUCAUUGACGAAAUUAUCACCAUCUUCCUUCGUGUAGCUGAAGAUUACAGAGCCGAUCACUCACAAUAA